AUUUAGCCCUUUUGGCUUUCUCCCUCAUCUUAUCCCUUCUGCCAGCCGCACAUGAGACUCGUCUCCUCGCGAUCCCCUUCUCCCAAAUCCCCCUAGCACCCAAGAAAUCCUCCGCCCCACCCACCCAUCCCGCGCCGGCGAGGGAGAAGGAGGCGAGCGCUCGUCCGCGGGGAAAAACCAAGGGAGCGGAGCCCCUUCGGUCGGCGAUGUUCGCGAGAAGGCCGGCGGUGCACCCGGUGGAGGCGCCGCCGCCGCCGGAUCUGGUGGGGCAGCCCACGGGUGUGCUCAUGAAGGACCUGCCCGGGAUGCCCGGCACGGCCGGGGGCCUCGGCCUCCGCAUCGCGCAGUUCGCCUUCGCCGGCGUCGCGCUCGCCGUCAUGGCCUCCACCAACGACUCCCCCUCCGUCAGCGCCUUCUGGUUCUCUUAUAAUACCUCUCCGGGCAUGUCAUUGGCAAUGUUGAAGAUUUUCUUCUAUUGUUUCUGAGGCAUUACUAGAAGUGGUUCAUAAGUUUGCAAGGUUGGAAUAUGAAGCUAUGCUCAAAUUUUCUCGAGAAGGGAGCUCGGCUUCGGAGUCCGAGCAUGCAUGAGGAGCUGGCCGGCGGCGAUUCAGCGAGUAGGCUGGCCGGCAGACAGCGGAGCAACGAGAAGCCUGGUGGGCAGCUAGCGGGCAGCCAGAAGCUAGCUAGGGAACCAUAUAGUCGAAUUUUUACACUUGUGUUAUUGAUACAUUCAUGUAAUGAAUAUUUGGGUACUUUCUAUAUCUGUUGUGUUACUGAUGUGUAUCUUGCUAUCAUUCUGGUAUUUCCAUGUGUAUAUUGUAUAUUUUGUGCAUAUAUUGUGUAUUCUGGUGUAUAUACAGUGUAAUUCGACAAUUUUUU